AGAGCUGGAACUGGGCUAGCGGUAGGGGGAAGCGGCGCGUUAAAUCUGCCCCCUCCCCAUACCCUACUUCCGAAGGGGUGGGCGAUAGAGGGGAGGUUGGGGUUGGAGCAGCAGCGAGGGGGCCCCUCCCUUGCGCCUCCCCCCCACCGGACUUGGUCGCGCCCGAAGUGUAACACUUUCUCUUUGUCGGAGGAGCUCUUCUGUUUCCUGUGCAGUAGCUCCCGUUGCGGCGGCGCCCGUGGCAGCCCUGGCGGACGCAGGAGCGAUGGCAGCGACCGAUAUAGCUCGCCAGGUGGGUGAAGGUUGCCGAACCGUCCCCCUGGCUGGACAUGUGGGGUUUGACAGCUUGCCUGACCAGCUGGUGAAUAAGUCAGUCAGCCAGGGCUUCUGCUUCAACAUCCUGUGCGUGGGAGAGACAGGUUUGGGCAAGUCCACCCUCAUGGAUACCCUAUUCAAUACCAAGUUUGAGGGGGAGCCAGCCACCCACACGCAGCCUGGUGUCCAGCUCCGGUCCAAUACCUACGACCUCCAAGAGAGCAACGUGGGGCUGAAGCUCACAAUUGUUAGCACAGUAGGCUUUGGGGACCAGAUCAACAAGGAAGACAGCUACAAGCCUAUCGUGGAAUUCAUUGAUGCGCAGUUUGAGGCCUACCUGCAGGAGGAGCUGAAGAUCCGAAGAGUGCUGCACACCUACCACGACUCCCGAAUCCACGCCUGCUUGUACUUCAUCGCCCCCACAGGUCAUUCUCUGAAGUCUCUGGACCUAGUGACGAUGAAGAAGCUGGACAGUAAGGUGAACAUCAUCCCCAUCAUUGCCAAAUCAGAUGCCAUUUCUAAGAGCGAGCUAACAAAGUUCAAAAUCAAAAUCACCAGUGAACUUGUCAGCAACGGGGUCCAGAUCUAUCAAUUCCCCACAGAUGAUGAAUCGGUGGCGGAGAUCAACGGAACCAUGAAUGCCCACCUUCCCUUUGCCGUCAUUGGCAGCACAGAAGAACUGAAGAUAGGGAACAAGAUGAUGAAGGCACGGCAGUAUCCUUGGGGCACAGUACAGGUUGAAAACGAGGCUCACUGCGACUUUGUGAAGCUGCGGGAGAUGCUGAUUCGGGUCAACAUGGAGGAUCUGCGGGAGCAGACCCACACCCGGCACUAUGAACUGUACCGACGCUGUAAGCUGGAGGAGAUGGGCUUCAAGGACACCGACCCUGACAGCAAACCCUUCAGUUUACAGGAGACAUAUGAGGCCAAAAGAAAUGAAUUCCUAGGAGAGCUACAGAAAAAGGAAGAGGAGAUGAGACAGAUGUUCGUCCAGAGAGUCAAAGAGAAAGAAGCGGAGCUCAAAGAGGCAGAGAAAGAGCUGCAUGAGAAAUUUGACCGUCUGAAGAAACUUCACCAAGAUGAGAAGAAGAAGCUGGAGGAUAAGAAGAAAUCCCUGGAUGAUGAAGUGAAUGCUUUCAAACAGAGAAAGACGGCGGCUGAGUUGCUCCAGUCUCAGGGUUCCCAGGCUGGAGGCUCACAGACUCUGAAAAGAGAUAAAGAGAAGAAAAAUAAUCCAUGGCUGUGUACUGAAUAGUAUCCCCUGCUACAGCUGGACUGGACUCCACUUAGCCUUUUAAGCGAAGGUUCCUAUUUUAAUUGACAGCUUUCCUUUGGGGUGCCAGGCAACCGGGCAUUCCACCCCUGCUGUGUACUUCAAGCCCCACUUUUUUUUUAUUUCUUCAACUUGCUCCUGCCUCCCAGUCCCACUGACACCGACAAUGACCUUUUUCUUUUUUCUUGUUUUUUUCUUUGGGGGGGGGGUUGUUUUAUGAUCACAGAAUCAAGAAGGCUAUGCCAAAUUUCUAGGCCUUUUUGAAGUGUCAAAAAAGAGGAAGGGAUUUCUUUAUUCAAUAACAUAUUACUAAAUAGUAGGAAGGAAAAAAACAGCAGAAGAAAGUAGAAAAACUGAAAAGCAGACAUGCAUAGGCUUUUCUCUUGUUGAUAAUGCAAGAACUCACUUCUGUUAUGUAUUGGUUGGUGAGUCAAGGAUUGGUUAGUGGUCAGAGGCCAGCAAGAUGGUGAUGCUGCCAAAGCACAUACUAGUUUCUUGGGAAAAUUCAAGUCACAGUGGAGCAUUUUAGGAGACACAAUACUUGUUGGUAAAAACGAACCACCACCAUCAAAACCCUCAUAAACAAAAACCAAAGAAAUCCUCAGCAGUAGCUCAGAGUUAGGGCUGUCAGGUCUCCUUGAGAAAGACUCCUUAUUUACAGCUUUGAUGUUCCUAAAUCCACCUUUGAGGUUACCAACCAGCAAUCACCAUCCUUCUGGGUAAUUCUGGGCAUUACAAACAGGAGGCCCCCUCAUUUGCAUUUGUUUACAGAUUGACCACUUGAGGCUUGAGGAUCUCAAAAUACUUCAAAAGUAUUAAAGCCACAUUGCCUUUGGGAGACCUUCAGAAAGUAAGCAGGUAUUUUAUAUAAAAGGGAGAAAUUUGGGUAACCCAAUGAUCUGUGGCUAAUAUGCCACAGGAAAUUGAGACCCAGAGAAGCAAAGGGAAUUGCCCAAAGUCCUGCUGCUGUUUCUUGGCAAAAAUCAGGCUAGAUUCCUUGUCAUCUGUUUCACCGAGGGAUUCAAUCUGUUUAUAUAUAUUCCUGGAGACAAGGUCUUUUGAUGUUCAGAGAAACCAAAUCGUCAGUGUUAGAGGACCCUAGAGUGUGUUUUUCCUCCAUAGAAAAGCAUGAGGAUGGGGCAGGUGGGGGCUGCGAAGGAAGAAGCUCCAGGCCAGCUCCUUAAAAAUAGUCAGUCAAGCCUUUUAAAAGCAUCCAAAUGCUUGUUUCCUUGGGUAGUUUUUCUCACGUAGACAUUUUUCCCCCUCUCCACUGAAAAGGCUUGUUAAUUAGUACCAUUGUAACUAUUUUUAAAAAAAUACCCUAAGUUCUCUGUUUACUUCUGGUGAAACUAAACCAGUCAUUAGAAAUGGCCUGUGCUUUUCUUUUCCCAGACUGGAAUGGAAUGGCUUUCCUGAAACACACACACACACACACACACACACACACACACACACCCUUCAUUUCUUUUAAGCCAAGAAGGUUGCUUUCCCCAGCUGCAGGUUGGAUCACGGUUUUUGCUUUGUUGUUGUUGUUGUUGUUGUUGUUUGUUUUUAUCAUUUAGCAUUCAC